AAAAAAAGAAGUUUUCUUCUUCUCCUCCCCUGCCUCUCUCUCUCUCUCUCUCUCUCAACAGGCCUUCAAAUUUACCAUGGAAAUCGAACCAAGCUCACCACCACUAAUAGCCAAAAAGCUAUGGAACAUUGUGAGAAUAGUGUUCUACAUGUUGAAAAAAGGCAUAACCAAGAGCAAACUCAUGCACGACCUUCACAUGAUGUUCAAGAGGGGAAAACUUGCCGGAAAGGCCAUAAACAACCUCGUGCUCCACCUCCAAGAAGACUACACCAACUCCCUAACUUGCCGCUCCACCGACGUCCGCAUGUCCAUUGUCCACCCCCGCGAGUACGAGUUCAGCUGCAGCAAUAGCCCCGCCUAUCCUACCUACUUUUCCAAGCGCAGAAACCAUCACCACCACCACCACCACCAUCACGGCUAUAGCUACAAGCCACAAGACAUUCAUGUCGUCCAGAAAGUGUUCGAUGUCUUGAAUCAUUACGACAAAGUUGAGGCGUCCCCUAUGGUGCUACCGGGCUUUGGACAUAGUCCAACGGUGAGGCAGCUCCGAGUCACUGACUCGCCAUUUCCGGUGAAGGAUAAUGAGGAAAAUCCUCAAGUGGAUAAAGAUGCUGAGGAGUUCAUCAAGAAGUUCUACAAGGAUUUAAAACAACAACGCCGAGUAGCCGCCCUGGAUUCUCCGUCGCCCUAUCAUAUAUGGGCACGAGCACGAUGAAAAAAUUCCAAAAAAAUAAAAGAAAUGCAAGAUUGUGGUGUCAACUUUGAUGGUUGAGGAAAUUCCGACUAGGAUUUUCCGACAUGGGUAAACCUUAUGCUGUGCGCAUGGGCGACCGUCUUCAUUCUUCCCUUUGAGAAAAAACUACGAUACCGGCACAUAACAUUGACACUUUAACAUCGGGUUUCGCUUCAAGUUAAAGACUGUAAUUAGCUCACUCGGAGGGGAGGGGAGGGACAGUAUGGUGCCUGUGUAUGCUGGCUUUCAACAUCCAAAACCAGACUCUUUCCAGCAAAUAAUUUUGACUUUUGGGUACUUUUUUUUUUUUUUUUUUUGGUGGGAUAAACUUUUACCUUUGGCUUUUGUCUGUGUGUAAAUUUUGGUACUACUGUGGAAAAGAAUAAUUCUCGAAUACCAAUUCUCCUUUUAUUUUUUUUU